CAUAGUAAACCAAAAGAAUUUAAUAACUACUAAACUCAAGUAAUUAACCAUGCAUAGAAGAAACCAAUGCGAAAUGCGAAUAAUGUGAAAAGAAUAUUCGACGGCGUCCAAAAUCUCUUUUCACUACGCUUUCGUUUUUUGGAAGUCUUGAUAAAAAACAAACACAUUAAUUCCUGAAACUAGAGGAAACACGCUGGUUGUGAUGCCGUUUUUCUUUUCUGAAAGACUCCCUGUUCCUUCAUUGAAAUCAUAUUGUACUUUAAGUUUGGUUAUUUUCCUUCUAUCAGCAUUAUUUGCUAAAAAAAAAAUUCAUCAGCAUGAUGAAAUUGAUUCUAAUGUUUCCCAAUUUGACUCUAUAUAUGAUGUUUAUCUAAAUGAAUCUUUUUGCUUGUGGUCUUUAAUCAAUAUGGCGUAUUGCUGUUUAUUUCUUUUUGGCAAAGUGAUCCAAAAACUUGUGCUUGGUGAUUUGCGUGUCUCAGAAGAACAGCAUUUGCAAGAUAAGUUUUGGAACUACAUCUUUUACAAAGUCAUUUUUGUAUUUGGCGUUGUUAAUGCACAAUCCAUAAGUGAAGUUUUAUGUUGGGCUGCUUGGUUUUCCAUGUUAGGUUUCUGGCAUAUAUUUGGUCAACUUUGCAAAGAUCGAUAUAAAUAUCUGACUUCAUCUCCAUUUACUCCGCGCAGCAAGCAUGUCAAGUUAAUGGUACUUAUUUGUGUAAUUUGUUUGUCAAGCACUGUUAUGGGUGUAUGGGCUGUGUCAUAUGGUUAUCAAGAAAGUGUUAACAUCAUGUUAUUUAUGUUAGCUGAGUGUAUUUUGUUAGGAUUGAAGUCACUGCACCUCUUAACAAGAUACAUGUUUCAAAUUUUGGAAAUUCAAACAGGUAAUUUUGAUAAAAAGUCAAAAGUGGCCUAUUAUAUUGAUCUAAUAUCUGAAUGUUUGGUGUUAACAGUUGAUUUAUGUUACCAUGUACACAUGCUGGUUUGGUCGAAUGUCUUUCUUUCAAUGGCAAGCUUGGUGUUGUACUGGAAUAUAAGAAGUAUUGUUUCUGAAUUUAAAAAAUGUUUAAAGAUGCAUAGAUUGUAUCAAAAAGUUAUCAAGAGCGUUUCCACCAGGUUUCCACUUGCCACUCAAGAUGAGUUAAAUGAAGUAGCUGAUCACUGUGCAAUAUGUUGGGACAGCAUGGAGACAGCAAGAAAGUUACCAUGUGGACAUUUUUUUCACCAUUCUUGUUUAUGUUCGUGGUUACAACAAGAUGUAUCAUGCCCCACCUGCCGUAGGUCACUUACUAAGGAUAUGGGUUUACCUCCAAAUCUCUUGAAUGAAGAAGUACACACUGAUGAACUUCCUGAUGUUACAAUGGAUCGAAAUGAGAGUGUUAAUGGUUUCAGAAAUUUUUUCUUUUUUCUUGAUGGGAGACAAAUUGCAAAUUGGUUUCCAAGCUUUUCAAUUGAAGUUUUUCAUGGAAGAUUAGAGCAAGAUCAAAAUGAAAUGAAUAGACAGGUGGAACAACUUUUGCGGUUAUUUCCUCACAUAUCAAGAGAGGCUAUAGUAUCUGAUUUGCAGCAAACUGGAUCAGCUGAUGUAACAGCUGAUAAUAUUUUGGAAGGAAAUUUGACACCAAUGCUGCAAUCUAUUCAGUCACCUUCAUCAGAAGAAAAUGAAACAGAUGCCCAAAGUAAUGACCUACCAUUAGUCGCAGAUAAAAAAGAUACAUUGUUAGAAGGAGAAAAUUUAACAAGCGAUGGAGAUAAUCAACUUAUUGACGAAGAAGAGUAUAGUAAUCAGUUAAGAAGAAGGCUUCCGAUGAGGUCUUCAAGUUCCAUAAGAUCAGCAAGGAGAUGCUUGGUAAAAUCCAAUUCAAAUGAAAGCGCGUCAUCUUCUGAAUUGUUGAAAGAAAAAGAGGAGCGACGAAAUCUUCUGCUACAAGCAACAGAAAAGCGCAUUCAUCCAAUCAAUGAGUCAUAACGAAGAUGUUUUCUGAUUAUUUACAAUCCACUGCUGAUUUAUUUAAU